AUGUUCUUUCUUCCUUUAUGUUUAGUGGUCAAUGGAUCAUGCCCAGUGGGGCGGGAGUUCAUUACUGCCUUUAUGCCUAACUAUUUGCUGAGCUACCAUGAUGAUCAGAGUCUUCAACUGGCCAUAACCACACAGGAUUAUCCAGCCGUUGUUCAAAUUCGGGUCAAUGCAAUUGGCUUCUCCACCUCGGUGAAAAUAGAGAAACAGAACACCAAAUGGAUUGCCAUACCUGGUAACGCUGAAAUUGGGGGUCCAGGAGCUUCCACCAAAACAGUGCAGGUCACCUCCAACUCUGACAUCUCAGUGGUGGCCUUCAACUACAAGUUCUCGAUCGGAGACAGUAGUGUGGUCUUCCCAACUGACCAGCUGGGUACUGACUAUGUGGUCUUCACCCCCGAGGAGGGUCCAAGCAACAUGCACAAGCUUGUGUCUAUUGUCAACGGCAAAGAGCCCAACAAGAUCACGAUCAUCCCUUUCUCCAACAUGGAUCUCAGUGGUAUGGAUUCCUGGAAGCAAAGACAGGCGGUGAUUGUUACCAUGGACCCAUACCAGAUCUACCUCUACCAAAGCUACACCACUUUCACUGGGACCAGGGUCAAAGCCAAGCACCCUGUGGCGGUCCUGGGGGGACACGAGUGCGUCGCAGAUGGAGGCUGCUGCAAUCACGUAUAUGAACAACUGCUACCAGUACAGAGCCUUUCCACCAAUUACCUGGUUCCUUCCAUGCACAUGACACAUUCAACAGACUUUGUCAACUUUGUAGCCUCAGAGGACAACACUCUAGUGAAGAUCUUUGAGGGAAAGGUAUCCACUACUAAGGAGUUGAAUGCGGGGCAGGCGUAUGUGGUUUCUGUCCAACCCAAAUAUCCGCUGAUCAUCAAAAGUGAUAAAAAGGUAAUGGUGAUGUACUUCAGCAACAACAAGCCCUACGAUCCGUUCCUCACCAACAUCCUCCCAAUGUCUGAUCUGGCCAACGAGUGGUCAGUGGACACACAGAGCAAGUUCGAGAGCACAUUGGUCAUCGUCUCCGAGGGGGAAGGGAUCAACACCGUUAAAGUCUGUGAGAAAAAUAAAUGUGUGAAAUCUCUCCAAUGGACAUCAUUAAUCUCAGACCCUAAGUACAUGUGGGUUAAUGCUCCAUUGGGAGAGCAGCAACAGCAUUUCUCCAUCAAAGGCGACUUCCUCAUGGCUGUUUACGUUUAUGGUGGCAUGUCAAGAGACGGCUACGCUACAACAGGAGUAUGUUCCAAAGGUACGCUAUUUAAUUGACACAUCCACUUAACUGGCCUAUCAACUGCCCCUCGACACUCACCCUGUUGAAGGGGACAACUCUUAGACAACACAAUGCAAUGCAACACAUCGCAAUGCAAUGCAACACAAUAAAACAAAACAAAACGCAACACAACACAACAAAUGCACUGCAUGAAAACUAGUGUUCAUCUUGAAAGUUGCUUCUGUACUCCCUCAGGCACUGCACCACCCACUCCACCACCAGAUCCUUGUGAGAACGUCAAAUGCAGAGAAAAGGAAGAAUGUACAAAGGGGGUUUGUGUCCACAUCUCCAAAGCAACGUGCAGGGCUGUGGGCGACCCCCACUACCUCACCUUUGAUGGGGAGCGGUUUUACUUCCAGGGCACAUGCUCUUACGUCAUGGCCACGGUUGUUAAAUCUGAACCUGGCCUCAUCCCGUUCAUUGUCCUGACCAAGAACAACCACAGAGGGAACAAGAGGGUGUCUUUCGUAAAGAAAGUCUCAGUCACGGUCUAUGGGCUGACUGUUGUGAUCAGCACGCAUAAAGGGAAGGUUGAGGUAAGUAACAAAAGACCAGAGUUAAAUUAUCAGGAUUGGGGUCAGUUCCAUGGUAAAUUUGGUCAAUUCACGAGGUGAACUGAGUGGUUUUUCCAUAUGCUCAUUGAUAUUUUCUUAGGUGAAUGGUGAGAACGUCUACCUGCCUGUGACCCUAGCCGGGGGAAACCUAACGGUGGUGCAUAGUGGCAGCUAUGCUGUUCUGAAGACAAACUUUGGCCUGAAGGUUAUGUACGACUGGAACAUGAAGUUCUACAUCACUGCCCCCAGCAGCUAUUUCCGCACCCUGGGUGGGCUCUGUGGGAACUACAACGGGGAUCGCAACGACGAGUUCACUAACCCCAAAGGUAACAAGGAACCCACAGUGGUGAAGUUUGCCCAGAGCUGGAGAACUGAAGACGGCGACUUGUUCUGUCAUGAUGACUGCCUAGGGGAAUGUCCUAGCUGCAGUCCAGCUCUCCAACAGAAAUACAAAGGAGAGAAGUUAUGUGGUCUCUUGGCCAAAAAAGAUGGCCCAUUCGCCAGCUGCCACAAGGUCCUGGACCCAGGCAUGUUCAUGGACAACUGUGUCUAUGACAUCUGCAUCAAUAAAGGCAUCUACCAGUUCCUCUGUGAGAACAUGAAAAGCUAUGAUGACGCCUGUUUGGCAGAGGGGGUCAAAAUUAGCCCUGAGUGGAGGACAAUCGCUGGAUGCCGUGAGUUUUCCUCUCUCCAAACAUUUCAUCAAGAUUUUUAGAUUGCACUUUUCACUAUUAUUUCAAUAUAUUUUCUCAUUUCACAUUUGCAGCACUGGAAUGUCCGUCAAACAGCUACUAUGAGGCGUGUGGCACAGCUUGCCCUGCCUCUUGUUCAGAUCUAGAUGCCGAAGCAAAGUGCAAGGAACCCUGUGUGGAGACCUGUCAAUGCAAGAAGGGCUUUGUCCUCAGCGGAGACAAAUGCGUCUCCAAGGAGAGCUGUGGCUGCUCUUAUGAAGGACGAUACUACCCGUCUGGAAUGAAGUUCUGGGAAGAUGACAAAUGCACAAAGCAGUGUGAAUGCAAUCCGGGAACAGCCAAGGUAGAAUGCAAAGCAACAGCAUGUAAGAAAUCAGAGAUGUGUGGCCUGCGUGGUGGUAAGAGAGAUUGCUACCCAACAUCUUAUGCCACUUGCCAAGGUUCAGGCGACCCCCACUACCGCACGUUUGAUGGCAAGAAGUUCGACUUCCAGGGAACGUGUACUUACGUUCUCUCCAAAUUGGUCAGCAAAGACGACAUAUCUCUGGCACCUUUUGAGGUGCUUGUAAAGAAUCAGAAUAGGGGAAGGAACACGGCAGUGUCUUACACAAAGACAGUCACCAUCACUGUCUUCAAAAAUGUCAUCACCAUGAGUAGGGACAACCCUGGCAAAGUAUUGGUAAGCUACCUUAAAAUGUUUUCCAUUCCAAAUGAAUGACAUAAUUGCGUUCUGAGUUUAUUUAGUAAAUUUGCGCUCAUGAUUAUACUACUUACUGUAAGAAGAAAUAUCAGGACAGUAUCGUCCUUCAUGUAUCAUUAACGUUUCUUUCUCUCUUCCCAGGUCAACAACCAGUAUGUGAACUUGCCAUUUGAUGUAGAAGAUGGCCUACUGUCCAUCUUCCGCAGUGGGUAUUUCGGGGUGGUGAAGACCAACUUUGGCCUGACACUGAAGUUCAACUGGAACAGCCACGUCUCCCUAACCCUCCCCAGCUCCUACUCAGACCUCAUCGGAGGGCUCUGCGGAAACUGGAAUGGACAACGGAACGACGACCUCCUCAAACCAGACAAGAGACCUGCCAACACCCCAACAUUAUUCGGGGACAGCUGGAAAGUGGGGAACGACCCUGGCUGCUCCAGCGACUGUGACGGCAAGAAGUGCCCCACCUGUGACCACAGCCUGAUGCUGGAUUACCAAACAGGGAAGUACUGCGGCAGGAUCACAGACAAGAACGGUCCGUUCAAGCACUGCCACGCCAAGGUGGACCCCACAGAGUAUUAUGAGGACUGUGUGUUUGAUAUGUGUCUGUACCGUGGCCAUGCCUCUGCCCUCUGUAACGCCCUCAGCACCUACACCACUGCCUGCCAGGAUGCCCCUGCCAAGGUGGAACAGUGGAGGUCGGACAGCUUCUGUCGUAAGUAGUGCACAGACACACCUCAUCAAAUGUGAAUUUCAAAACCACUACUGUAAAAGUUAUGAUCAUUACAAUAAGUCAGAAGUGGUUUGUCUAGCUAGCAGCUCCUGGUUCCAACAUUAAAUUCUAUCAUGUUUGGCCUAAUGUGUUGUAGCAUCUUCCUGCAAGGCCAACAGCCACUAUGAGGUGUGUGCCUCAAGCUGCCCCCAGACCUGCAGCGGCCUCGAUGAGCCUGAAAGCUGUGCGAACUCCCUGUGCACCGAGGGCUGUGUGUGUGACGACGGCUUCAUACUGAGUGAUAGCGAGUGUGUGCCGCUGGCUGAAUGUGGUUGCGUUCACCAAGGCCAAUACUACCAGAUGGGCCAGGUGUUCUUCCCCAACGGCCAGUGUAAAGAGCGCUGUGUGUGUAACAAGGAUGGAGACGUGGAGUGUAAUGUGAAGUUUGCCUGUGGUCCCAAUGAGAAGUGCCAGGUCCAAGACGGGGUGCAGGCCUGUGUACCCAUGAGCACGGGCACCUGCCAUGUGAGCGGGGCGAGGAGAUUCCACUCAUUCGAUGGCAGCUGCUUCAGCCUACACGGGGACUGUGUGUACAAAAUGUUGGAGGUUGUGGAGAAAUACGGUUCGAUGGCUCCAUUUGUUGUGUCAGUGCAGCAGUUGACCAAGAUGGAUGAUGCAAUGGUCACCAGGAGGGUUGAAAUACAGGCCUACAAAUACAAGAUAUCUAUGUCUCCCAGAGUGAUAUGGGAAAUAACGGUAGUUUUCUGUCUUGAUCUAUUCAUUUCAGUAUUAAAAAGCAACACUUGAUUAGAAAAACUGAUGUUUUCAAUCUUUUCUUCUUUCACAGGUGGAUGACGUUGCUGCAAAUCUCCCACUGUCACUCGGAGAUGGAAAGGUCAGGGCCUACCAGAAUGGCAUUAACAUCGUCUUGGUAACAGACUUUGGCUUGAUGGUGACCUACGACACUGUUGCUGGCGCCAUCAUACAGCUUCCAUCCACUUACAAAGGUGUAACCGGUGGUCUCUGUGGCAACUAUAAUGACAAGAAGGAAGAUGACUUCCUGCUGCCCAGUGGGCUGCAGGAGCCGUCUGUGGAGAAGUUUGCAGCGGGGUGGUUGGUGGUUCUGGAAGGGGUCAAAUGUCAGACAGGAUGUGACGGGGGCUUGAAGUGUCCUCCCUCCACUGGACCCCCGGCGGCUUGUAGCAUCAUAAAGUCAACCAAGGGUCCAUUUGCCCAAUGCCAUGCUGUUGUGCCACCACAAGUGCACUUUGAGGAGUGCGUGAAGGAGGGAGAGGGUGGGGAUGCCCUGUGCCGCCACUUACAGACGUAUGUGACUUUCUGUCAGGCAUCCGGUGGCAUUGUCAGCAGUUGGAGAUCUGACCAGUUUUGUCGUGAGUGAAUUUUGAUAUUGAAAGUUAAUUUACCUUAUCCUAGUUUAUCUUAGUGUGCAAUAUUUUUCUGACCUAAUGCUCUGCUGAAAAACAAUUGAAGCUGAAAUUGAUCAUUGAAGUUUAUUAUGUUUUUUGAUAACAUGCAUCUCCUCCCAUUUCCAUCUGUCCUCUAGCUCUGACGUGUCCAGCUAACAGUCACUAUGAGUUGUGUGCCGACACCUGUUCUUCCACCUGUGACUCUCUCAGUGAGUCUCCCAAAUGCCCACUAUGCCAGGAGGGCUGCCAGUGUGACGACGGCUUUGUGUUUGAUGGUGGCAAGUGUGUCCUACUGGAGAACUGUGGCUGUGUGGUUGAUGGACACUAUUACAUGGUGAUUACUUUUUUGUGUGUAUUGACAAAUAAAUUGCCAUUUCAUAUCCCAAAAAUGAAAUGGUAUCCUAAAGCGAUUAAUACAGUUAUAGGUCUAUAUCUGUUUUACGCUAAAUGCAAAUAUAAAGUGCAAGUAAUAUAAUAAAUCACUAUCCUUGGUAAAUAUUUAUUGUUUACAAUCAUCCUAUGGUUACCACCAUAGUAUAAACACUCAAUUAUAUAAUUUCCAUGUUUUGCUGGUUUUCAGUCUGGCCAGUCUGUGAUGCUGGGCAACUGUUCUGAGACCUGCAGCUGUGCUUCAGGAGUGUUCACCUGCAAGAACUCACAGUGCAAAGAGGGCCAGAAAUGUGGGUUGAAGAAUGGAGUGUUGGGCUGCUACAGCACAGGUAAAAAAAAACAUGAAUAAUAAUAAAACCAAACAGAUAUGGCUUUAUGUUAGUACCUUUUGAUGUGGAAUUAUGGACUUUGUUGAUGUUCUUAUUUUGAUAUUACUAUGAGCAAGAUAUGUUAACAUCUCUAAUACACAUUUUGUCAGACCCCUGUGAGGACACUGAGUGCCGUGAGAAGGAGAACUGUGUGGUGGAGAACAAUAAGGCGGUAUGUGUGGCCCAGUCUAAGGCCUACUGCUGGUUGUUCGGUGACCCUCACUACACCACGUUCGAUGGCCAGCCCUUCUCCUUCAUGGGUACCUGCUCCUACAUUCUGGUGAACACGACGGGCAAAGACCCCUCCCUGCCUCAGUUCAGCAUCCAGACCAAGAACGAGCUGCGCUUCAACUCUAAAGGCUCCUUCUUCAAGUCAGCCAACAUAGACCUGAGUGGUCACAGGAUCACCAUUCUCAGUGGCCAAAGAGGGACAGUGGAGGUGGGUGGCUUUCAGUUAUACUUGAUACAGAUUUUCCAUUUUGAAGUUGAAUGUAAGAAUCCUCCAUGCUCUCCAUCUGCUUUAAGUCCUCUUUAAAUCCUCUUCUCUCUCUUGUCUCAGAUUGAUGGCAUUAGGUCUGACCUCCCUGUGAGUUUGGAGUCUGGCAGCGUCAGAAUCACAGAGUCUGGUAUCCAAGGGACCAUCCAGACAGAUGUUGGCCUCAAGAUCACUUUUGACUGGAACAUCCUCUUCAUGGUGACCAUCAGCAGCAGUUACUACGACAACCUCGGUGGCAUCUGUGGCAACUACAAUGGUAACAAAGCAGAUGACUUCACCACUCCCACAGGCGUGCUUUCGACCAAUACCACGGCGUGGGUGGCGUCCUGGAGCGUUGCCGACGGUGACCCUUUCUGCUGGCACGUCUGUAACGGCAACUGCCCCACGUGCUCAGAUACAGACCGGGCACUUUACACUGGACCAAAGUACUGUGGUUUGAUGACACACGGAAGGGGCCCUUUUGACCAGUGUCAUAAGAAAGUGCCGGUGAAGGAGUUUGCCUCAGACUGCCUCUAUGAUGUGUGUCUGAAUGAGGGGCGACAGGAAGUGUUAUGUGAGGCCCUGGCUAACUACGUGGCCAAAUGUCAGCAGGCUGGGGCCAUUGUCUCACCACUGUGGAGAAAGGCCACCAACUGCCGUAAGUACUCAGCUAUAACAAAACAUCACAUUUAGGAACUCAGACAUCCUUAAAUGUGCAUAAUGACACGAUAGAACCAUUUGUGCAUUUGCAAAAUGUAUUAGGCCUACAUUUGUGAUGUUGUUUUUUUCUCAACUCGAACAGCCCUGGCUUGCCCGUACCACAGCCACUAUGAGCUAUGUGGCACUGCCUGCCCUGCUACCUGUGCCAAUCCCAAUGUCUCCGAGAUCUGUUCCAAAGUCUGUGUGAAGGGCUGCCAGUGUGACAAGGGUUACGUGCUCAGCGAUGAACACUGUGUCGUCAAGGAGACAGGGUGUGGCUGUACACACAAUGACCACUACUACCUGCCUGAAGAAACCUUCUGGGAGGGCAACACGUGUCAGAGUAAGUGUGUGUGCGACGGAGCCACACAGAAGGUGGUGUGUAUACCCAGAAAGUGCAAGGCUAGUGAGCACUGUGCAGUGGUCAACGGGGUUCAGGACUGCUACCCCCUCAGCUUCAAGACCUGCUCAGCACAGGGGGACCCCCACUUCCGCACCUUUGAUGGGAAGCGCUUCGACUUCCAGGGAAACUGUAUCUACAAGCUGGCGGGGGUCUGCUCCAAAGAGCCCGAUCUGGAGAGCUUUGAGGUGACUCUGGAAAACAACAACAGGGGCAGCACCAGAGUCUCCUACGCCAAGGUGGUGACUGUUGUUGUGUUGGGAAGUAGUUACACUAUCACAGGCGACUAUCACGGCAAAGUCCUGGUGAGUAAUACAGGUCCUGUACUAACUGUUGUUAUUAUUUAUUUUGUAUAAUAUACUGUUUUGAAAAAAAAUCACUCUUGUGGAAUAGUAUCCAUUCCACUCUCUAUUUUCACUGGACUGUAUUUUAGGUGAACGAUGUCCUGACGUCUCUACCGUACUACUCCAACAACACUGAGGUUCAGAUCUACAGAAACAGCCGUUUUGCUGUGCUGGAGACUCAUUUCGGUCUCAAGGUCUCCUUCGACUGGUCCAGCGAGGUGAGGGUGAAGGUCCCGAGCACCUACCACAACGCCAUCUGUGGUCUCUGUGGCAACCUCAAUGACAACCCUGACGACGACCUGCUUCUGCCCGAUGGGAAAAAGCCCAUGAGUCCCAAGGAGUUUGGAAACAGUUACUGGGUAGCUGACGUACCGGGCUGCUCCCAUGAGUGCAAAGAUUGUGCAGUUGUAGACAUCCCCCUUAUAAAGCCCAAAUAUGUCAGCGCCUGUGAUGUCAUUGUGGACAAGAGUGGUCCCCUCAGAGACUGCAUUGGUAGAGUGGACUCUGUUGAGUACAAAGAAGACUGCAUCUAUGACAUGAUCCUCAACAGCGGCCUACUGACGGCAGCCUGUGACAUCAUCACCAACUAUGUGGAAGAGUGUCAGGAGAAGGGAGGGAAAAUCGAGGCCUGGAGGAGUAAAGACUUCUGCCGUAAGUCCUCUGGUUUUCUAUCAUUAGCCUUCAGGUUUAUGAUGAGUCGUAAUUCAUCAGUUCUUUAAAAGAGGAAUCUGACAGUGUGUUGGUUUCUUCUUUUAUCUCUCAGGAAUCUGACAGUAAAAUAAGACUGCAAAUUCGAACCCUACAUUUUAAAUGAAAUCCUGAAACUCGAAAAUUGUGAUUAAUUCCAUUGACCUCUCUUUCUCCCUGUGUGUUUUCAGACCUCCCUUGUCCAGAGAACAGUGUCUACAGCCUCUCGGCCCCGGGGUGCCCGGCCACAUGUUACUCCAUGACCUCCGCCCCAGGAUGCACCACUCCUCCAGGGGAGGGCUGUCAGUGCAAACCUGGUUUCCUGCUGAGCGAAGACAAGUGUGUCCACGUGAAGGACUGCGGCUGUCACCACGAGGGUCGCUACUUUGUGUCCGGCGAGGUCUUCUAUGAGGAGGAGAACUGCCACCACCGCUGCAGCUGUAGCUCCGGCGAGAUGGCCUGUGAAGUGGCGCCCUGUGGUCCAAAGACCACGUGUGCGGUGGUGAAGGGGGUCAGGGGUUGUUACAUUAUCAGUAGCAAAGAUUCAAACAACCAGUCAUGGAUUCAAAAACUCCUUAACAAAUAUGGAAAACCUGUACAUAUCAAGUUUGGAGGCUAGAGCAUUUUAAUUUUCAAAUAAACUCUCAUGGCUCUAAAAUAUCCUUUAAAAACGUCCCUUUCAUGUCCAGGCUGUAGGUAUUUCAACGUAAAAUCGUAAAAGUACCUUAAAAUUACCUUCUGUAUGUGAUAACAUAUUCUGAACUAUAUAAUGUUGUGAGGGAUUAUGAGUAUUUAUGCAUGGAAUUGUUAUUGAACUCUGUAUUCAUUAUAAUCCAGAUAUAAUCCCAGAAUUGUGUAUCACUACAACUCAGAUUAUCUCUGUAUGUGUGUAUCUCUGUCUAUCCUUUACAACUUUGAAAAGCCUAAUAAUAAAUAUAUAGCAGCA